CGGGUAACCCGCAUCCCGAGUUGAACUCAGUUUAACAAUUAGACCACAAAAAUCUGCCAUUAACUCAGAAGUGAGAAGUGUAGUAGAACCAUUCGACACGAUUGAAAAAGCUCAUCUUUUUUAUUUCUAUGUCUCUCUCUUUUGGUUACGUAAGCUCUCUGUCCAUAUGCUUCAUUGAUGGUGGUGGUUAUCAAAAUCUAGCAAGGUUUUAGCUUCAAUUCUGUCCAUAUGUUUAUCCAUUUCCAAGCUCAGACGUGAAAAGAUUUCAGAUUUAUCGCUGGAUCACGGCUUUGAUUUCUUUUGCUUCAGCUUUGAAUUUGAUUUCUUUUGCUUCAGAUUUAUCGGUGGAUCUUAGAUUUUGAUGUGGGUAUAUGGUUCGAUUUUAUAAAAAGAAGUUAGAUUUUUGGAAUCAUAGAAAGGGAUAAACGAGAAUUGAAAUCUGGGGAUUGAUUUGGAUCUGAUGGAAGGAAAGGUGGCUAAACCUAGAGGUAGACCAAGGAAACGCCCCAGACCAGAGGAUCUUAAUGGGGUAUCUAAUCGAGGGAAGAGGCCGGUUUUCGAGGUGAAAGUGGCUGUACCUAGAUCUCUUCUUGGUCGUUAUGUGUUGAAAGAUGUUGAUGACAGUGGAGUUUUUCUUGGGAAGAUAGUUUCUUACAAUACUGGGUUGUACAGAGUUGAAUAUGAGGAUGGUGAUUUUGAGGAUUUGGAAACUUGUUAUCUUCGCCAGUUAAUUAUUGGGGAUAGUUACUUUGAUGAUGAAUUACGUGCUAGAAGGAGUAAAUUAGACGACUUUAUUCUGAAGAAGGACGAAAAGAAGAAAACAGAUUGCCUGAAGAACAAAGGAGUUGAGGUGCCCACAUGUAAUAGCCCAAGUUCUGUGGCAGAAGUUGAAAGUGGUUAUUCAUCUUGUGGUUUGCCUGAGUGUGAAGAUGACAUAGAUCCAGAUUUCGAAAGUAUGUCUCCUCUUGUUCCACCAGUGGAGUUGCCUUCUUCAUCAGGAACAAUUGGUAUCCCUGAGGAGGCUGUGGUGUAUCUAUUAUCUGUAUAUGGGUUCUUAAGAUCAUUCAGUGUUCAGUUAUAUAUCUGCCCAUUUGGAUUGGAUGAUUUUGUGGGAGCUUUAAAUUUUUUAGGACCUAAUUCUUUGUUGGAUGCCGUUCAUGUUGCCUUGAUGCGGGCACUGAAAGGUCAUCUUGAGAGACUCUCCUCAGAAGGGUCUGAAGUGGCUUCAAAAUGCUUGAGGUGCAUUGAUUGGAGCUUGCUCGAUGCGCUAACUUGGCCUGUUUAUUUGGUUCAGUACUUUGCUGCCAUGGGACAUGCAAGUGGGCCUCUCUGGAGAUUUUUUAAUGAAUUUGUUGUGGAGAAAGAAUAUUGCUCGUCACCUGUAGUAAUGAAGUUGAAGAUCCUGCAAAUUCUGUGUGAUGACGUCUUUGAUGUAGCAGAUUUAAGAGCUGAAAUUGAUAACAGAGAAGAAUCUGAAGUUGGAUUUGAUACUGAUGGAGUAACUGCUGAACUUCCUGAAAAUGGACCUAGAAGGGUCCACCCCAGAUUUGCUAAAACCUCAGCUUCCAAGGAGAAAGAGCUUAGUGAAUUUGUUGCAGUGAACCAUGGGAUAAGUUCAUUGAGCGACUCAAAAAAUUGGAGUUCAAGAUACACUGAUGGUGGUCCUAAUGGAGAUAGCCCAGAUCUGGAUGCAAACAGUGAUGAAUGUAGGCUCUGUGGCAUGGAUGGAACGUUGCUGUGUUGUGAUGGAUGCCCUUUAGCAUAUCAUUCAAGAUGCAUUGGUGUGGUCAAAAUGUAUAUACCAGAUGGGCCGUGGUAUUGUCCAGAAUGCACUAUAAAAAAAAUGGGGCCAACUGUUGUUUAUAAAACGUCACUCAGGGGAGCAGUGUAUUUUGGAGUGGAUCCACAUGGGCGACUCUUUUUGGGUACAUGCAAUCUCUUACUGGUGCUUAAAAUUAAUGUCCAUGCGGAUGCAGAUAUCAAAUAUUACAAUGUCACCGACAUUCCAAAAGUUGUCCUGGUACUUUUGUCUGCAACGAACCAUAGACUGGAAUAUCUGUAUAUAUGCAAAGCGAUCUCACAAUACUGGGAUCUGCCUGGAGGUGUGAUCUCUUAUCUGAGAACAGUGGAGACUGAUUUAUCUCACAUGCAAAAAGAAGGGGGCGACGAGGUGUCUGACAUAGGUGAGCCAGAUAGUGCAAAUAGUUCCAGUGGAAAUCUUAUUCAAAAUGCGGUUAGGCUCCACCCAUCUGCCUCAGGCUAUACUGGUGGUCCUGUUUUAGCAAGAUCAAGUGGAGCGCAAGAGAAGAAUUUGGUUGCAGUCAGUACACAGAAGGGUUUAUCAUUUAAACCUCAUUCUUACAUUAAUCAUUACACAAAUGGAGAAUUGGCUGCAUCAGCUGCUGCUACUUUGGCUAUCCUAAUGUCAGAGGAAACCCAUGAACCUGAUCUACACAAAUUUAGUAAUGCCAAGAAAGCUGCAUCAAGUAACAUCUUGCUACAGAUGAAAGCAUUUUCGAUAGUAGCCUCGAGUUUCUUCUGGCCAAGUCCUGAUAAGAAGGAAAUUACCAGAGAAAGGUGUGGAUGGUGUCAUUCUUGCAAACUCACAUCAGCAAGUAGGAGAGGAUGCAUGUUAAAUGCAGCUGUAACAGGGGCCACCAAGAGUGCUAUGAAAAUCUACAGUGGCCUUUUUCCUCUAAAGAACGGGGAGGGGGUACUUUCUAGGAUCGCAGCAUAUGCCCUAUAUCUCGAGGAAAGCUUACGUGGUCUCAUUGCGGGGCCAUUUCUUAGUGAGAGUCUUAGGUACCAGUGGCGUAAGAAGUUAGAGGAAGCUUCAACAUGCAAAGCGAUGAAAGCCCUCCUGCUUGAACUUGAGGAAAAUAUUUGCAGUAUUGCUCUGUCAAGCGACUGGCUUAAACUAAUGGACGAUUGGUUGAUAGAACUUUCUAUCUUUCAAAGCGCUCCAGUUACUGUUGGGGCCACACAGAAACGUAGACCUGGUAGGAGGAAGCAGAGGAACCAGGCUGAAAAUACGGCCCAAGGUUCUGAUGAUGAUAGCUUUACUUGGUGGCGAGGGGGGAAGUUAUCAAAAAUUAUACUCCUCAAGGCAGUCUUGUCGAAGCCUAAGAUAAAGAAAGCAGCUUGGCAAGGUGGUACGAAAAAGUUUCCUGAAUUUAAUUAUGGUGAUGGUUCUUACAUUCCUAAAAGAAGCAGGCGGUCUAUUUGGAAAGCCGCAGUUGAAAGUAGCAAAAACAUUUCUCAGCUUGCUCUUCAGGUUAGAUACCUGGAUAUGAAUAUAAGAUGGAGUGAACUUGUACGCCCAGAGCAAAACGUGCAAGAUGUUAAAGGUCCAGAGACAGAGGCCACUAUUUUCAGGAACGCUAGUAUUUGUGUCAAGAAGAUUAUAGAUAACAAGGUUAGAUACGGAGUUGUCUUUGGGAAUCAAAAGCAUCUUCCAUCCCGUGUCAUGAAGAAUGUCAUUGAAGUCGAGAAAUCUGAAGAUAGAAACGAAAAGUAUUGGUUUCAUGAAGCACGCGUUCCCUUAUAUUUGAUCAAAGAAUAUGAAGAAAGUUUGCAUAGGGUGGUACACAUACCUUUUAUCAAGAAGCCAUCAAGAAAAAUAUCAAAGCUCCAGAAAAGGCAACUAAAAGCUUCUCGAGCAAACAUAUUUUCUUAUCUAGCCUCUCGGAGGGACAACACGGAGAAGUGUUCUUGUGCAUCAUGCCAUCUCGAUGUUUUUUUGAGGUAUUAUUUUAGCUUUCUUCACCUUUCAAGAUGCUUCUUAAAAAAUCUGAUGUAGCUCAUUUAUUUGUGUUCCCGUCCUCUACAUGUCUAUAGGGAUUCAAUAACAUGCAGUACUUGCCAAGGUUUCUGUCACAAGGAAUGUACUAUGAGUUCACAACACACAACUGGGCAGUUGGAAAUUUUGGUAACCUGCAAACGGUGCUACCUUGCAAGAGCACGUUCACAAAUCAAUAUCAAUCACAGACAACCAACAACACCCAGUGUCCUGAUCAACGGUCAACUUCAAAAUGCAGCCACUUCAAACACGAAGACACAGAUUAAGCGUCUUAAUCAACAGUUACCAUCUUCCAAAACAGGCGACAAUGCUUCAGGAGUUAAACAAAUCACUCCGGAUUUCAAUUUGGCACCGAAAAGUAAACACAAGACAUUGUCUUGGGGAGUCAUAUGGAGGAAAAAGAACUUGGCAGACACAGGUGUUAGUUUCAGACAUGAAAAUGUUAUGUUGGCUGGACGAUCUGAUCAGCCGAAUCUGCAACCAGUUUGCUGGAUCUGCAAAUUGCCGUAUAAUCCUGGCCUAACAUAUAUUCACUGUACAAGUUGUGACAUGUGGUACCACAUCGAAGCGGUCAAGCUCGAGGAGUCAAAAAUUCCUGAAGUGGUUGGGUUCAAGUGUUGCAGAUGUCGUCGUAUACGAUCACCAGAUUGCCCUUACAUGGAUCCCAAACUCAAGGAACAGAAGCAGAUGAAACAAGUAUUCUUCAGGAGGCAGAAGCAUGGGCAAGGAAAUACCGGAAUUGAUUCGGAUUCCGAAAGAAUGUCUGAACCGAAAGACUCGUUGCCCUCUACUCCCUCAUUUCUCUCUGAAGAUACGUUUGUUCCAGAGGAUGAUCCUCUCUUGGUGUCAGUUUCAAAAGUCGAACAAAUUACACCAAAUAGUUUGGAUGUGGAAUGGAACGAGGAUGGUUGUGUGCCAGGACCACAGAAGCUACAAGUGAGGAGACCAGUAAAACGUGAAGACACGGACGGGAAUAAUAAUCUUUCUUAUACCGAGUUUACAAUGCAUCCCGAAUCAAUGCCUGUUGUGAAACCAGAAAUGGAGCCAACAUUUCCUGUCAUGGAAUGGGAUGCAUCUGGCAAUAGCAACAACAUGAAUGAAGGCGAGCUUAUGUUUGACUACGAAGACAUGGAAUUCGAACCUCAAACAUAUUUCUCGCUGACCGAGUUGCUCACAACAGAUGAUAGUGGCCAGUGCGAUGGAUAUGGAGAUGACAAGGAUGCUUCAGGAAUCACGGAUAACCCAAACCCUCAGGUUGAGGCAAUGGAACAGUGCACGUCAUUUCUCUAUGAAAAUACAAUUCCAUGUCAGAUAUGCAAGCAUGUGGAGCCAGGACCUGACCUCACAUGUCAGACUUGUAAUAUGACAAUACAUUCUCACUGUUCUCCAUGGGAGGAGGAAUCUACGUGCAUAGGAGGUAGCUGGAGAUGUGGUCGUUGCCGUGAGUGGCUGUAGCUGCCAACUUUUCUCCUGCCAAAGUUAAGGGGUUCCUCUCAAUUCUUUUUUGUUUUUAUAGGCUAGGCCCCAUCUGUGCUGCUAUGUUGGGGUUUUCAAUGAAAGCAAAGAAUAUGUGUUGUCGAUAGAAGAAGUAAAAUUAAAUUUGUAUGAAGAAUAAUUUGAUGUUCUCAUUGCAAUGGCAGAAGAUAAGCUCGUUUUGUUCUUGUUGCUGCAUAAGGAGUGUCUGAAUUCCUUUAAUGCGCUUUUUGCUUGGGAUUGAGAUUAUAUAUUUAUUCCUUGCGUCUUCUGUGUCUUUUGCAAAACCAAGUGUUGCGUGUGCAUGCUGAGU